AUGGUGCUGGUUAAACAGGCCGUGAUGAGAACCUACAGAGAACCUGACAGAGAACCUGACAGAGAACCUACAGAGAACCUGACAGAGAACCUGACAGAGGACCUGACAGAGAACCUGACAGAGAACCUGACAGAGAACCUGACAGAGGACCUGACAGAGAACCUGACAGAGAACCUGACAGAGGACCUGACAGAGAACCUGACAGAGAACCUGACAGAGAACCUGACAGAGAACCUGACAGAGGACCUGACAGAGAACCUGACAGAGAACCUGACAGAGAACCUGACAGAGGACCUGACAGAGAACCUGACAGAGAACCUGACAGAGGACCUGACAGAGAACCUGACAGAGAACCUGACAGAGAACCUGACAGAGAACCUGACAGAGAACCUGACAGAGAACCUGACAGAGAACCUGACAGAGGACCUGACAGAGAACCUGACAGAGAAACCUGACAGAGAACCUAGAACCUACAGAGAACCUGACAGAGAACCUGACAGAGAACCUACAGAGAACCUGACAGAGAACCUGACAGAGGACCUGACAGAGAACCUGACAGAGAACCUGACAGAGGACCUGACAGAGAACCUGACAGAGAACCUGACAGAGAACCUGACAGAGAACCUGACAGAGAACCUGACAGAGAACCUGACAGAGAACCUGACAGAGAACCUGACAGAGAACCUGACAGAGGACCUGACAGAGAACCUGACAGAGAACCUGACAGAGAACCUGACAGAGAACCUGACAGACGACCUGACAGAGAACCUGACAGAGAACCUGACAGAGAACCUGACAGAGAACCUGACAGAGGACCUGACAGAGGACCUGACAGAGAACCUGACAGAGAACCUGACAGAGAACCUGACAGAGAACCUGACAGAGAACCUGACAGAGGACCUGACAGAGAACCUGACAGAGAACCUGACAGAGAACCUGACAGAGAACCUGACAGAGGACCUGACAGAGAACCUGACAGAGAACCUGACAGAGAACCUGACAGAGAACCUGACAGAGGACCUGACAGAGAACCUGACAGAGAACCUGACAGAGAACCUGACAGAGAACCUGACAGAGGACCUGACAGAGAACCUGACAGAGAACCUGACAGAGAACCUGACAGAGGACCUGACAGAGAACCUGACAGAGAACCUGACAGAGGACCUGACAGAGAACCUGACAGAGAACCUGACAGAGAACCUGACAGAGAACCUGACAGAGAACCUGACAGAGAACCUGACAGAGAACCUGACAGAGGACCUGACAGAGAACCUGACAGAGAACCUGACAGAGAACCUGACAGAGAACCUGACAGAGAACCUGACAGAGAACCUGACAGAGGACCUGACAGAGAACCUGACAGAGAACCUGACAGAGAACCUGACAGAGAACCUGACAGAGAACCUGACAGAGAACCUGACAGAGAACCUGACAGAGAACCUGACAGAGAACCUGACAGAGAACCUGACAGAGAACCUGACAGAGAACCUACAGCUUUCAUAA